UAAAGAAAUUCGAUUCCUCUUCUCCAACUUCGUCGUCGUCGAGCAGAGUCAAGCUUUCUACCGCCAUGGAUCCUAACCUCGCAAACAACCCCCAAUUGAUUCAAUUCCUCAGCCAAGAGAAAGAAAGGGCAAUGGCGAACGAAGUGGUGGCGAAGAUAACAAGCUCGUGCUGGGACAAGUGCGUGGACAAGCCAGGAAGCAAAUUCAGCUCCAGCGAGACUUCUUGCCUCAGUAACUGCGCCUUACGAUACAUGGACAUGACUAUGCUCAUCAUGAAACGCUUUCAGCAGCAGUGAUUUUCAUUAUCAUCAUGAUCAUGAUGAUGUUACUUCUUUCCCUUUUAUUUAUUAUUAUUAUGAAAACCGUUUUUUUUCUUCUCUUCUCAUGGCAACUGGUGUUGAACCCCUGCGAUAAUAUUUCUCUUGGAUGAAUUGUUGUGGGAUUAGUUUAUGGUAAUGUGAUUUGAGAUUUUUAUUUCAUGGACUAAUGAAUCAGUGUGGAAUGUUCA